AUGUCUUCUCAACAAAAAUUGAACCAAUCUGAUUCAACUUUUGGUAAAUGUAAUGAUUGUGGAAAGCUCUACAGAUAUCAUCAUUGUUUACAAAGCGGUAGUUUAGCGGAUUGUUUUGGAAUAUCUAAAGAUCCUACUUCGAAUUACAUGUUUGUUAUGAGAUAUUACAAGAACAAAGAUUUACAUUCUUAUCUAGAGGAAGUACAUGGAAUACUUUCUUGGAGAGAUAUUGUUGAGAUGCUUUGGGAAAUAAGAAGUUGGGUAAUUUCUAUCUGUGAUGAUCCAAAUCCGUCGGAAAUAUCUCAUCAAUUUGAUGUUGCUGAAGAGAAAAAAUUUUUAUAUUCGGAACAAAAUCAAUUUCAUCAGCAAAGCCAUCCGCAAGCUUUUUAUACGAGUAGACUCAUGUACUUUCCUGAAUUAAUUAAUAUGUUUAAUUCUAACUAUAGUGAUGAUUGA